AUCAACUCCAUCGAGUAUUUUUCGAAUGUAUAACAAGGGGCAGCGAUCAUGGCGAAUUGCUGCACUAAAAACGAAAAAACGGAGCCCGUGGGUAUCAAACUCGAAGGAAAUAAUAUUGAACAAAAUAUUGAAAGUUGGCUUGACGAUCAUCCCGAAUUCGUUCACUCUUAUUUUACGCGGAAAGCAAGCAGGACUCUGAUCGAUUCUUGGCUUCAGUCACGCUCGCUUCGAACACCUACCCCUAGCGGAACACCGCCUCCGUCGGGAUCUUCUACUCCUGUAAGGAAAAUCUCUGCCUCGGAAUUUGAAGGCCGAGGGAUCUUAAAACCCUUAGUGAAUGUUGUCGAUGGGCAAGCAACGUUUCUAUCACCGAGCGAGCCUUCGAGAGCGCGAUCGCCUCACCGCAAUCGCAAAUCGCGCGUCGAACUACUACAACUGGACGAGACAGAGCUCCUGAUGGAACUCGUCAAAGAUAUCGCCAGUGAUUUGGAUGUGAAAUGUCUUUGUCACAAAAUCCUACAAAAUGUUAGUAUUCUUGUCAAUGGAGAUCGUUGCUCGCUUUUUCUUCUUCAAGGCCCGAAAGAUGGGCCACGCUAUCUGGUCUCUAAAGUGUUCGAUGUGAAUGCGGAGUCUAAACUUGAGGACAUGCAAGGGUUGGAGGAAAUAAGGAUUCCCCUCGGUACAGGAAUCGUAGGAUAUACGGCAGAUACGGGAGAAGUAGUGAACAUUGCCAACGCAUAUGAGGUGAGUUGUUUAAUUUUUUUUUUCGCCAUGGUGCAAGUGUUACGCGCGCGAUGUGCUUUUUGUCUCGAAUGCCGGUUGCUUAGCUGUCUUCUUUGAACAAACUUUUCAGCCGCGUAGCAGGAUUUCUAAUCUUUAACUCUCUCAUUUAUCCACUUUUCGUUCGUGUGCGAAGCGAACGUAACCAUUUUAAGAGGACGGAACAUUUUAUAGUUCAUAAACUAAAAUGUUUGGCGCCUGCAGAUUUGUGGCUCGAAAUUCUUGUUAAUCGAUUAUGUCCAGUGAUAGUUUCGAGAGCUUACCCCCUUUGGCGAAUUUAACACAGCAAACGUUGUAUCAAACUUUGUGGAUACUCGCAGUGCCCAAGCGAAAAUUUCGUUUAAUUUCCUAGAACCGUCGAAUUUGCGGACGACUCCCUGGAAACGAACCUCGAAGGUACAUUUGGAGUGAACACUCUGUCAUGUCGAGAACUAUUUUUAGUAGUGGUUCGAGCGAAUUCGAGCGUUUCUGUCUUCGAGUUUCUAGUAAGGAGAUUGCUGUUAAACGCUUAAAUUGUCUGCCAGGUUUAGUUUUGUUAACUUAGUUUCAGCCAUCUACAACAACAAAACUAUCGUGGCUUUCAGGGGAAAUAGAAAGGUUAUCGUCAAAACAUUGUAGUCAUAAUUGCUGUCCCUGCUCGCGGACAUGUUUACUGCUAGUUUGUUUACAUAUGGUGCGAUUGGCGCUGUGUGUGCCAUCAGAUUUUAACCAAAAGUUUGUGCGGUUAGAACACUUUCUAAAGAAGUAAUAUAGUUAUUGGUAAUCGCUUUUCGGUUAACUGAGCAUCGCUGAAUAUUCAAACGUUCGGAAAAUGAUCAAGCAUGCAUGCGUAAGACUUAUUUCUAUCGCUUUCAAAUAUUCAAUAAAGUGCAUUUUGUAUUCUCUCUUUCUUUUGUAACUAUUUAUUUUUUGUGUUGGCAAGUGGCAGUCUUUUCAAAAGUUAAUUUUGUCGUGUGGCUCCGAUCGUAAGCCUUACUGACUUACAGCAAAAUAACAAAAUAAAGCUAGUUUGUUUUACGGGUGUCCUCCGCGCUCUUCGGAAUUAAUUCCUGUUCUGUCUGUUCGGUGUCAUCUAUUUUUUUUGUUCCAGAUAUUAAAGCGGUGUGAGCCACUCAAGCUGAAAGAAUAGCUAUUUCUUAUUUCAGGCGACAGUUAGUUUGAAAAGGACGAAACAUAUUUGCGAUUAUAAAAACAGAAUAUUAUGUCACGCGAGCCGUCGCGAAGUGAUUAAAUGAUUUCUUGUAAUCCCGUCUUGUGGUACCUCUUUACAUUUUUCGUUCGGAUGAGACAUUAAUUACUUCUUGUGAUGUUUUUUGAGCAUUCCGCACCGAUCUCGUUUUUCGUUUACCUCAAAUUAUUUAACCAAGGCUGAAUUCGAAAGAAAGCCAUUUGUUCUAGAGGAAGUAAGAGGUGUCUUCAUUGUAAAAGGGUCGGUUAUCUAUUCUGCCAUUGUAUGCACGUAAUAUUAUUUCAUAACAAAGGACAGGCAGCAAAAAAUAAGAAUUUAUGUAAACAGUUCUAUCUUGUGGUUGAAAAGCUCUCUCCUUAAUUAAACUGAAAUUUAUCACCGACCGGACAUACAGGCGCGAUUCUCUUUAUUCAUAAUUUCUUUUGAAGGAAAGCGGCGAGAUUUUUCCUUUCAUCGGGUCGAUUUUUAAGCCACUAAGCGUCUAUUUCACUCGACAUAGUGCAGAUGUUAAAUUUAAAUUAGAAGGUAAUAUCUAAAUCAAUUGAGAAUUUGUCAGUAUACACUAGUUUUCGUUUCAGUCAGAGAUUUAUUCCCAAGGGGAAUGAUUUAUGUAAACAAAAAAAUGCUUCAGGUCUUUUUCAGUACGGCAAAAGUGACCCGACUGCUAUCCACAUUAUCUCUCUUUCUUAUACAGAUUGCAAUACUCUCUUGUAAAUUAUAGACCUACGUCAGAUAUGAAGGACACUUUAUAGCCUUGUCAUCUUUGCGUUAUUGACAGGUCAGAUGUAUCAAUGUUAUUAGAAAUUAUAUUCGUAGAGUAUUAUUUAUCUUCGUUUUCAUUUUGAAAAGGCAAAAACACCCAUGGGAUUAAUGAUAUUCAAAUUGUGUUUUGCCACUAAGUGGCUCUGCUAAUGGACCACGUACAGCUGGUUUUUAGACCUUGCUUCAAGAUUUUUUUGUUGCAUGUGAGUCCUGCCAACUGUCUGAUUUUUGACAGAACAGCCGAAGCUAUGUCUAGAAUUAUGCUAAAAUGGAGUUUGUUUGUUUUGCCAUGUUACCCUGGCUUGAAAUCUAGUUUCCAUAGUGUAUAGUGGUGAUGGGAAAGGCUACUACCGUUGACUGAGAUGUUAAUCCACCUAAAGCUAUUUUUGACAUUUAUGUUGGGUUUUGAAAUUAAUUAUUGGUAGUCAUUUGUACACUCAGAUAAGAUAACUGUAAUACUUCUUUCUGACCCUCUUUGAGCCUGCUUACUUUAGAAUUUAAGGCAAAUACUCCAUAGAAGUCAAAUUAAUUUGGUGGAAUGAUGCAACAUUGUGUGCACUUGCCUAAUUUCGCUAAGAAACCUAGAUUUAAAUCCCAGACCAGAUUUUAGUCAUGAUUUUCGUUGCUUUUCAUCCUUUUUCGCAAUGAUUUUUCUUCAAGUUUCAUAGUUUUCCUUCCCACACCACUCAAUCUAAAAUACAAGAGCUAAUGUAUACUGCUUUCACUAAGGACUUUGUUUUUAAUUAUUCACUGAUUUACUUUGUACAGAAAUGUACUAACCACUUUUCUAUUGUGUACCAGUGUAAUGCUGGAUGUUAUCACAGCAUCUUCUUUAUCUGUGACUGAACUAUUUUCUUACUCCUCACCUUAUCGUAAUCAGUUAGUUUGUGUGUUUUUGUGAUCUUUGACAAUCUAUCCAUUCUCUGGUGCUUUAUGAAUGCAUUGCAUGACUUGCAUGCAUGCCCACUAUCCCAUAUUUUUCCUCACUUAAUCUGCAAUGUGUCAACUUGCUAUUCCAUAGGGUUAUCAUAUUAAGCCAGCAACUGGCACAUUUCACCGUCUGCUCUGAAAAACAUGCCAGCCAUUUGGAAUGUUUGUGGCUAGAUUUUCAUGAUUGAAGCAUGAGGAUAUACUGCCUACUUUUUAUCACAAGCCAGUCACUCAAAAUAUUUUUGAAAACCCUACUUCAAUGCAAAUCCUUUUUAACUUUUUCAGCAUUUAAUGGAUUUCUGUGAUAAUUUCUUUUUGGCUACAUGAAUUGCAUGGUCUUGGGAAGGUCUGCUUGUUAUUAAAUUCUAUCAUGUGCUUCACCAUCACAACAAAUUUUCAUUGUUUUUUCUGAGACAAAUUUCCAAUUUAAGAACAACAUCACUUUAAGCUGGGCACCAUGAGCUUUAAAUCAAUGAACAGUUUUGCUAAUUUUUUUGUUUUUGUAUUUCAAAAUUUAAUUUCUCUAGAUGAAAAGCUUGUUUGCAGACACUGGUUUACUUUUACAUAUGCUGAUAUUAAGCUUUUAAAUGAUUAUUUGUUCACUUUUAGAGAGUUUGUCAUUUGGGAUUCGGUUAAAACUGCACUUUGUCAUUAGUGUAAGGGUUAGUUUUCCAUUUGCAUUGAAAAUUGAUAUCUUGAACUAAGCUUGUGUCCACAGGGAUAGAAGUUUUUUUUAUUGUUUUGUAUAAGUUUUACCUUAGAUAAAAGUUGGCUUUUAUUUUGUAUGGAUGAUUGAUAUCUUUAACUCAGCUUGCACCCACAGGAGUAGAGUUUUGUUCAUGUAUCAAUAACAUUUCACCAUGGGUACUCAUCAGUAUCUUCCUGUCACAAAACACCUGUUAUUGCAGUUUUGUAUCUUAAUUGUGUCACAGUAAGAUGUUUCUCUUUCCCAUAAUUAUUUCAAACUGUGGAUUCUGUUUUAGGGUGCAUGCUUUUUUAAUGUGACACUGUAAUCUUUCCAUUAAAUAUCUCAAUACUAGUAGUGCUAUCCUUUUCAUACAGUAAUUGGUAACAUUUACCACCUGUAGUACCUCUUACACUGCCUAAAAUUACUAAAAAGAUUUGAAAAUUUAACAGGUAAGAGGAUUGCUCUACUGGUUUCUAGAUUCUUUUACCCGUUGCACUUGAAAGAAGGGAGAGCAGUGUUCUUGUCUGUGUAUUCCCAGCAGGGAACUUUUUUGCUGUGGCACUGAAAUUUUACCCUAUUUGUCUCAAACAGUUCGUGUGUCAUUUAUCUUGACAUGAUAGUGUUAUGUUAUUUUGUGAAAAUUGCAAAGGUAUGUAUUGAAGCUGAAGGCAGGCUGUGUUUUCAAUAUUGGUGUAAUUUUCUCUAGAUUCUUAAUUGCAGCUAUUAAUUUUAAUUUCCUCCUUCAAAAUCAGCAGAUGGUACUCAUCAUGUGGUCUUUGAUGAUGUAAAGUUAGCUUGUUAUCGAAUUAUUUCUUUUUAUGUUUUCACAUACUGUAUUGUACCAAAAUAACCCAAAAAAAACAUUGUUAGAAUGGAAAAGGAUGAAAAAAAAUAUAUGGUUUAAUUUUUUUGAGAUGGGGAAACCAAUUGAUCCUAAAUGAAUGCAAAUAAAACGUCUUAGUUCUUCUGUGUAUCCAGACUUUACUCCAGUCCUAGGAAAAAGCUAGGAAAUCUAUUUGGGCAGAAAUUAUAUAUUAUUAUACCCUGCAGAAAGAACAGUUAUAGGAAAGCUAAAACUGUGGCCUAGCACAUCUCCAUGAAUUUCAAGCUGAGUAACAUGAAUACCAUAUUAGCUGGAAAAUGUUCCGUCUGCAUGCAAAACUCUUUGAGGCUUGGGGAUUUCUCUGAAUAUACUUCAAUUAAAGUAAAAUUUUGUGCUAAAAAUUAUGUAUGCUUGAUAGGGCAGUUCUUAAGUUUGAAGGUAGCUUUUACAUUAGGAAUUUAAUGGCUACUGGUGAUAACAAUCAACAGCUUCACCUGUAACAUUGAAAGAGCUGAGCCAUGACAGCUAUUAUGGGUUAUAGCCUUUAUUAAAAGCCCUGAUUGAGUAGGCUGGCUUAAGUUUAUUUCCAACAUGUGUCUGUUGUCAGCGUGAAGCCAAUGAUUCCUUUAAAAUUUAGAAAACUUGAGGCAUUGUAGGAUAGUUACAAUUUAGCAAGAAAAUAUAGAAAGUCCCAUGGCUUAUAUAUUAACCAUUUAACUCUCAAGAUCUCAUUAAUAAUUAUCCUUAUUGUCUGCCAUACAAUUCAUAUAAUGUUAGUUUGGAGAAUUUGGAAUUGGAUCAACCAAUAAUCCCCUAAUUGAUAUUUUUCUUUAAACUCAUUACUUGUUUGCUUGAUAUUAUACUGACAGUGUAGGGAGAAAUUCUGUCAAGGUCACUAGUGGGACUUAAAGGGUUAAAUAAUUUGUGUACCAAGAUGCACUUGUAUUAUUAGCUUCUUUCUGUGCUUCACAAGUCCAAUGAAAGAAGAGGUGUGUUUUCAAACAUGGGCUAUUAAAUGCACAAGUCAGACACAUUUGGCUGGAGAAAUAGUCCAUCUAACAGUUGUGUGCUUGGUUGCCAAGCCUUUUCACAGGAGUGAGACUAAAUGUGACCUUGUUAUGACACAAACCCUGCUCCUUUUCAAAUGUAAAGUACGUUGUUAUCAUGCUAACUAGAUAUUGGUCUCUAUCACAACAUGGUCAACUUCAGCCUGACUCCAAAUCAAAGGCUUGGCAACUAAGUACAAAGCUGUAAAUGGCCUAUUCACCUUUGAUUUAAAUGGUAAGAACCAAUCCCCUGCCCCCCUCCUCCCAGGAAGGUGAAGCCCCCAACAUCAUAAUCAAAGGCCAUGGGGUGGCAAAACUCACUCUCUGCCAGCAAAUCAACCUGAGAGCUCUGAGAACAGUUGUGAGAAAUUGGUCAACACUAAGAAAUAUAUAUGGAUUAUAACCCUUAACUUUCAUGAGUGACCAAGACAGGAUUUCUCCUCACUAUAUGUAUACAAUAUCAUGCAGACAAGUGAUAAGAAUAAAGAAAAAUAUCAAUUAUGUGAUUACUAAUUAAGCAAAUACCAAAUUCUCCAAACUAACAUAAUGAGAAUCAUUUGGCAGACAGUAGGGAGAAUUACCAUUGAGAUCUUGGGAGUUAAAGGGUUAAACUAUUUCCCUCACAGGCAAUCAAUGAAAAAGUAGUAGAUUAUGUCUCAGUCACUUCCAUUCAAAGACAUAAAAGUAGGUUUUGAUUAAAAAAAAAUAUAUCCCUGUAAUCUUUGCAACUUAUAUCCCUGCCUAAGGAGGAACUUUUUAAGGGAACAUCUUUUCAGGUGCACAGGAUGUCUCUUGAACAGAGGUUCCACUAUAAGAUGGUUCCUGUCACAAGUUAAUGUUCAUGAAUAAAUGUUAUUUCCUCAACAGGAUUCAAGAUUUAACCAGGAAAUUGACAAAAAAACUGGUUACCACACCAGAAGUAUUCUUUGUAUGCCAAUCAGAGAUCACUACCAUGGAGAGGUAUGUCAUUUAAGAAGAGGAAUCCUAUUGGCAGAUAAAGGGAGGCAUCCCCAUAUUUUUUAAUCAAAAACAAGGCUUGCAGGAUCAUGGUGUUCUUUUCAAAGUAAUUUAAGUGGCAGUGCCCCUUUAACUCACGGAAUGGCACACUGGUGAGGAAAACUGCCUCCCACUACCUGUGUGUUGUUUUUGAGUUCCCCAAAUAUCAUAUAAAGGUUGAGUUUGGUGUUAAUUGAUUCCAUCUAUUUGCACUGAGGAUGCUUCACUUGAUUCUGAAGUCUUCCUUCCUUCACCAAACCAACUCUCAAUUUUCCAAUUCUACCCAGAAAUGGUGAUGGCAAAAAGCCACUUUUUUUAAUCCCUAUGGCUUUAUUUGAUUUUGGCAGUGAAUUCUAUGUUUGUUUACCUAUAUUUUCUUUACCCUCAUAGAUUAUUGGUGUUGCUCAAGUUAUAAAUAAAAGAGGAUUUUUAGAUCACACUUUUACCAGAGAAGAUGAAAAGGUAAAAAUAUGUAGUGCAUUUUUUAUUACUCUUCUUGGGUGAAGUCUGGUAGGAGACAAACUUAUGACCUUAUUUCCUAAUGCUCAGCAUUUGAUCAAUAUUGGUUGCAUGGUGAUGGUGCAUUUAUUUCUUAACUUCUUGGUGCGUCUUGCACACUGUUAGAAUUAGUGAUGAUGAACACUAUCCUUAUUGCAAAAGAAAAAGACAGAUGGUAAAAUUUUAAGCUUGGCUGUUGAAUAAAGAAGAUAUUCAAUUCAGUUUACAUGAGUUUACUGGUAAAAUUUCGCCAAUCCUGAACCCAACCCUUACCUCUCUCACAGCAUAUAUCAUGGAGAAAAUAUAUUAUACACGUAAGGAAUUAACAAGUUUUGCAUGAUUUAAAGUAAGGUCAUCAUCAAUGACCUCUUUGUUUUGCAGAUAUUUAGCAAAUACUUGGUCUUCUGUGGAAUUGGAAUUACAAAUGCAGAACUCUAUGAGAGAGCACAACUUGAAAUUAGAAGAAACCAGGUGUGUUAUGAUUAACCCACUACUACAUACCUAUCUUGCACAGAGCUCUUAAGUCUCGAUCAUUGAGCGUUAGACUUUAAAUUCAAUCUUAAUUUCUCAUGCAGGAAAUAUUAUUUCUCAUGCAUUUAAGGUUCCUGCUUUAAAAUGUUCAUUUUGAGGUAACAAACUACAGCUGCUACUUGUAAUUUUAAUUUAUCCUUCUACUUAACAUUACUCCAUGUUCCCUUUGUGCUCGCUUCUAACUCUUUCCAAUUUUAGAACUUUGUGCUGAGGAUAAAUGAAUGCACUCCUUAGAUGCAUCAUUUUUUCACAGUUUUUCAGAGGAGCAUGCCCCCAUACCCCACCUCCCUCCCUCCCCCUCCCCCCCUCUUGACAGUGGUGCCCACAGCAUCACUUUUAAGGCUGUACAUCAACAACUUCACUCUUUUUUCCAGCAAAUCAACUUGAGAGCUCUGCAUAGCUAUCUUGCACAUCUGGUUCAAAUAAGUAAAAUUUGUUUUAAUUUCCAGGUUUUACUGGAUUUAGCUAGAACAAUUUUUGAAGAACAGAGCACACUUCACAACAUUGUACAGAAAAUUAUGAUGAUCACACAGACUCUACUUCAAUGUGAAAGAUGUUCAGUUCUCUUAGUUGAUCCUUCUUCAAAGGUAUGAGUUGAAGUUAUUCAUUUGAAACGCUAUACUUAUAAUUUUGAUGCUGUCUACUGAAGGGAAAAAAGGAUCUAAUAGAUUUUGCCAGGUGAUUGGUAAGUGCAGUGUCUUGUAAGUAAGUUAAUCAAAUUUGUGUUGUUUACUGGUGGUAAUAGCAGUAUAAUUUUUUGGUUACAACCCUAUCUCCCCCCAACCACUUCCUUCCUCCUUUAAUUUUUUCAAUUGUUUUCCUUUACUGCUACAUCUUAGUCCUCUUUCCCCCCCCCUCAAUCUCAAUCCCAGGAACAAAAGUCACAGAAAUGAAGCACAUAACCCAAAACUGAAAUCAUAAAAAAAAAAUUGAAGAACAUCCCCAACCAAUAUAUUCAAAAGAAGAUCCAGGUGAGUUGAAACAUAUGUUGUAGGUAGUAAGAAUGAACAUUUGCUUAGAGAAUUGUUAGUAUAGUAUUACUAUGAAAAGCAAUUUUUAACAAAAAUUGAGUUUAAUUUUUUUUUUCUCUAUAUUUUGUAGACACUUUUUUCUCAAGCUUUUGAUUUAGAGGCCCGGGACUAUUUAAAUGAAGAUGAUCAGACUGUGGUGAAACACAGAUCAUGGUAAAUGUAACUUUCAUAGAAUUAUUAAUCCAUUGAAUCCCAGGUGUUUCAUGUGCCCAGUCUGCAUACAACAAAAUUUUUGAGCUUCAGGAAGACUAAACUCCAUAUGCAGUAAAUAUUUCCUGAUUGUCUGCUUCCAGACACAAGCUCCAAGUGAUAAACAAAACUCAAACAAUGAAUUAUGUGUCAAAACUCGAACAAUGAAUUAUGUGUUAAGAAAUAAAAUGUAAUGGUGUAGUUUGAUUGUUUGAGUGAGUAUGUAUAAACUGAUUGGUCAGUUUUGCUAUGAUGUUAUUGGCUGUAAACCACACUAUUGACUGGGACUCUGCGUAAUGCCUGACUUACAGCACCAAUUACUUUCAACAACUGACUCUGGAAAACUGGCGUACUAACUUAGAACAGACUCCCCUCAACAGUUGUUAACCACCACCUGCGCCAUAUAAACAACUUAUUCAUGGCAUCAAGUUGAAACAUUACAAAUGAACUGAACACAACAACUGACGUAUGCCACUUGAGUCUUGAAGUUAUGAACACUAUUUAGAUAGUAGUGAAAAUAAAGCCUGAAAUUUUUGCUAGUACUUAUUAUAAUAUUAUAAAUAGUGUUCAUAACUGUGAGGAUUGCUUCUAUAUUCGUUUCUUCAACUGCACUUCACAUAUAUGAUUUUCAUGUAUUUACAGUCAUUUAUUUGCCCCUUCGAGGGUUUAUUUGGAACCAACAUAAUGACCAGCUCCCAGCUUGCUUGUUAGCUCAGGUUGUAAAGCACUGCACCAGUAUCGCAGAGGUCAAAUCCCAUACAGGCCUGAAUUUUUUUCAGGCCUUAUUUUCACUACUGCUUAAGUAGAGUUCAGAACUGCAAGAAUUGCUUCCAUAUUCAUUUCUUCAACUGCAGCUCACAUGUAUGGUUUUCAUAUAUUUACAGAGAAUUUGAUAUUAGAUCAACUAAUAAUCCCCUAGUUGAUAUUUUUCUUUAUUCUCAUCACUUAUCUGGUUGAUAUUGUAUUGAUAUUGUGAGGAGAAAUUCUGUCUUGGUCACACAUGGGAGUUAAAGGGUUAAGGACUGUAGCGCUUAACAGUCUAGUUCUUUUAGUCAUAGUUGUUUUGUAUUCUUCUUUUCAGUAGCAAGACAGAAGUCCGAUUUCCUAUCAAUAUAGGAAUUACAGGUCAUGUUGCAACAACUGGCGAGGUUUGAGAUGCCUUUUUUUGUAUGGGAGACUUUGAUUUAUGUAGAUGUACUAAAAAGUUAUUAUCUGUGAUUUUUCCUUUAUUUUUUCAGACAUUAAAUAUUCCCGAUGCGUAUCAAGAUGAGAGAUUUGAUCCAGCUGUAUGUAUCCAAUAUUUUAUGUUAAAUGACAUCUCUUGGCAACCAUAUGUGACAUGAUCAGUUUAAAAUGCAAGCUUUACUCUACUGCACAGCCCACUUAUGUUUUCUUCCUGUUCUGUUACACAGGUUGACCAAGCUUCAGGAUUUGUCACCAAAACAAUUCUAUGUAUGCCUAUUAAGAACAGCAGCGAAGAAAUUAUAGGUGAGGAAGUGAAUAUUAAUGUCUGUCUCAAUAAUAGGCCAUUUUACAGUUGUGUACUUAGUUGCCAAGCCUUUGAUUUGGAGUGAGGCUGAAGGUAACCAUGUCAUGAUGGAGACCAAUAUUUAGUCAGCAUGAUAACAAAGUCAUAUACAUUUGGAAAGCAGCAAGGUUUGUAUCAUAACAAGGUCAAUCUUAGCCUCACUUCUGUUCAAAGGCUUGGCAGACAAGCAGUCAAGUGUAAAAUGGAGUAUUGGAAAUUUGGGUAUGAAUCAAUGGAACAAAAUGACUGUGGAUACAAAAUGAUUGGAUACCACCUCUUGAGGCUUGUUAAGUGAUCUGCAACAUGACUGUCAGCAGCUUAAAACAACUGUUUAAGUGAUAUGUCUCCAAUUUCAUGGUCUGCUUUUGAUCAUGACACUUUGAGAGAUGUAAAUCCCAAACUGAUGUCAGUAGUCUCAUUCAUUUAUCUAAAAAUUUUACAAUAAUUGUGCCUUGCAUUUAAUAAUGAAGAUCCCAGCCAACUGGGUUGGUCUAGUUUGGUCUGAUCGUUAAUACUCUUUUCAUCAUUGAUUCUGUGGUAUUUGUUUAACCUUUUACAACCUAAAUUCAUCAUGCAUAUUCUCCGCACUGUUCUCUAUACAUUUCCUAAGGUGCUGACAAGGAGAAUUUGUUUAACAAUCAAGAGCUUCUUUAGUUGGCGAUCAUUUCUUUUAUUCUCAUGACCUUGAUGUGUGAUUCUGGGGGGAUAUUGUAAGGAGAAAUUUCAUGUUAGUCACUCUUAGGGGUUAAAGGGUUAACAAACAAGGAUUUUUAUAAGCUAAGCCCCUCUUCUGUCCUUUGCUAAUAACUGUCAAAUAGUCAUUUUCUUUAAGAAUAAAGGUCUUAAAAGUACAUUUUCCUCUUCUCUUUUUUUCAGGUGUUGUCCAACUCUUGAACAAACUUGAUGGCACAGCUUUCAACAAGAAUGAUGAAAAUCUCUUUGAGGUAUAUCUUCUGGCAAAGUGUAUGUUCACUUAUGGUAGAUAUGAUUUGAAACUUGUUUAAAUGGGCAGGUGAAUUAUUUGAUCUCAACAUAUUAGCUACUGCUAACAUGGCCCAGUUUGUAGUGGCAGUCAUCUGAUAUCUGGAAGGCAAAGGUUUGAACUCUCUCAAAGCCAGAAUUUAUUCAGACUUUUCUUUAUUCAAUUUCCUCUUUUGCAGUACAUCUGUGAGGAUCAGUUUGAUUUUUGUUGACCUCCUUAUACAGAUAUGCAAAAUUGUAGGGCUCUAUCAAUACCCACCUUUACUUAUAAAUGCCAAAAUAUUCCUUUAUAUCCAGUAAUGAUAUUUCUUAUUUUCCAUUGGUUUACAGGCUUUUGCAAUCUUUUGUGGCAUGGCAAUCCAGAAUACUGUUAUGUAUGAAAAUGUCAACAAAGCUAUGGCAAAACAGAAAGUUGCACUGGAGGUAAGAAUUGUUUAUUAACAAGCUCAGGGUUUCAGUAGCAGUUGGGUGUCAGGUAGAUCCAUCUGUCUGUGGCAUUUCUCAGAAGUCAUUGUACUCUUAACAUAUACAUGUAAUUCACUUCCAAUUUGUUCAAACUAAUUGACAUCCAAGAAUUUCAAAGUACCAGGCCAUUUAACAGUUGUCUGCUCAGUUGCCAAGCCUUUGAUUUGGAGUGAGGCUGAAGGUGACCUUGUUGUGAGAGAGACCAGUAUCUAGUUAGCAUGAUACCAAAUUAAGUAAUUUGCAUUUGAAAAGAAGGUCAUCCUUAGCCUCACUCCCAUUCAUAGGCUUGGCAACCAAACACGCAACUGUAAAAUGGACUAUUGGGGAAAACCUGGAAAAUAAAGGAUGAUGUUGCUGCUGCAAGAUUCUAGAACUUCAAAAUUUCCUGGGAAAGCUUGGACAUUCUUAGCAGUGAAAGACCUACCAGCCCCUCACAACUGCUUGCCUGCUAUUUUUGACUGUCCAUUUGUACCACAUCUCAAUCCUUAGACCCUUAAGAGUGACUAAUAUCUAAUUUCUCCUUUCAAUAUCACCCCUGGAUCACUCAUAUAGGUAACAUGAAAAAAGGCAGUGAUCACUAACUGAAGAAGCUCUUGAUUGUGAAACAAAUUCUCCUUGUCAGCACCUUAGAAAAUGCUUAAGAACAGUAUGGAGAAUAUCAAUAUUGAUGUUUAAGUGUAAAGGAUUAAUGAAAUCACUGCAAGUUUAGCGGAUGUUUUGAAUGUUUGAAUUAGUGGCCAGCUUUUGAUGAACACCAUGAUCAAAAUAAGUACCCUCCUCUUGUCUUGUUCCACUAUCUGGGGUUAAGUCGCUAAUUUUUGUUUUUGUAUUGUGUUCAAGGUUCUUUCCUACCAUGCCACUGCCCCUUUGGAGGAAGCUAACAAAUUAAAGGUACACAACUUUUACAUUUAAUUAAUUAUUCAGGUUCCAUGGAAAACCUGGAGAGUCUAAGAAUUUUCUUUGAAUGGGCCAUUUACAAUUCUUUACUUUGUUGCCAAGCCUUUGAUUUGGAGUGAGGCUGAAGGUGACCAUGUUGUGAUAGGGACUACUGUCUAGCCAGUAUAGUUAGCAUGAUAACAAAGUGAUUUACAUUUCAAAAGCAGUGUAUCAACCCUUUAAUUCCCACAAGUGACCAAGACUGAAUUUCUCCUUCCUUUUUGAAACAACAUUAAGCAGGCAAGUGAUGAGAACAAAGAAAAGUAUCAAUGAUCAGUUGAUCCAAUACCAAAUUCUCCAAAAUAACAUCAUAAGAGUUAUACGGCAGACAGUAAGGAGAAUUGCCAAUGAGAUCUUCAGAGUGAAAGGGUUAAUUAGCCUCCCUCCUGUUCAGAGGCUUGACAACCAAGUACACAACUGUAAAAUGGACUAUUUAUGGUUUAUGGUUUACAGUUUCCAUUGCAUGAAGUGUCUAUUGCAAAGUAACAACCCCUCCCCCCUCCCCCUCCCCCUGCAGCGUCUCAUCAGUGAGACUUCCCUGAUGAUGCUAUAAUUUCUCAUGUAGAAGAGCAGGAAUGAGAGCUAAGAUUUUGUUGGUUUUUAUCUCAAUUUGAUUCAAAACUAACAAAAAAAACAAAAAAAGAAAAAACCCCUUGCAGCUCUAUUAAACUUUACACUAAGCCCUAGUUAGGCUAACCCAUUCACUCCCCUGAGUGAUCAAGACAGAAUUUCUCCUUGCAGUAUCAAUACAAUAUCAAGCAGACUUAUAGUGACAAGAAUGAAGAAAAUUAACAGUUAGGGGAUGGUUGAUCUAAGACUAAAUUCCCUGAACUAACAUCAUGAGGUAGACAGUGAGGAGAAUUACUCACAAGAACUUGGGAGUGAAAGGGUUAACCAUUUUCUAAACAAACCGGCCCAGGGCAAUUACCAUUAGGCCAUCGCAUCUCCCACUUCAGAGUAGGAUAAGCUCUGGCAAAAUUAGUUUUCUGGCUUGUAAGCUCAUUGUUUUUUUUUUUUUUUACCUUAAUUUUUAUCCUUCUCCUCGGCAGUCUGUUCCUUUACCAUCAAUCAAAACCCUUAAUCUGUUGGAGUUCACUUUUGAUGAUGAGAUGGUCAGUGAUCAAGAUACUCUUCUUGGCACUCUUGCAAUGGUGAUGGACCUAAAGUUACAUGAGCAUUUUAAUGUGGAGUACCAGGUAAAAUGGUGCACUGCUCUUCCUUUUUUAUUUGUUUUUACUUAAUUUAGCUUACAGAAUUGUUUGAUUACUUAAUAAUAUAUAUUUUUGGAUUUUAUUUUAUUAUGUAUUAAAUUUCAAUUGAGUGUGAAACAUCAUCCAGAAUCAACCCUUUUACCUCUAAGAAUGACUAAACACACAUUAAGGUCAAGAGAAUAAGGAAAUGAUCAGAAACUUAACACUCUCUUGAUUGUUAAACAAAUUGUUCUUGUCAGCACUUCAGAAAAUGUAUAGAGGACAGUUUGGAGAAUAUACAUACUGAUGUUAGGGUGGUAAAGGGUUAAAUUAAUUUAUUUUGUUUUACUUCACUCUGUUGUUGGCCUAGAAAAGUUGUGUUACCCUUUCAACCAAUCAAACAAAAAUAAAACAAUUUUGUAUUUUCCCACACUGCACAUGGUAUUUUUGUUUCCUCGUUGACUUUUCAUUGGUUCCUUGUGUUAGCUGUUUGUCCUUCACACUCUUAACAUAAACAUAUAUAUUCUCCACACUGUGUUCUCUUAACAUUCCCCUUGGUACUGGUGGGGAGAAUUUGUUGGGCAAUAAGGAGUUUCUUAAAUUGGUGAUCAUUUCCUUUAUUCUCAUGACAUUUUCAUUUGACUCAUAGGUGAUACUGUGAGGAGAACCUAGAAGCCAGUUAGUCUUGUGGUGUUAAAGGAUUAUGAUUACUUUAAAUUUAGUCUUUGCUGUACAAUCCUCAUAUGAAAUGUGCUGUAUCAUUAGUAACCAACCUUAAUGUUUGUGUUCAUCAGGUUCUCUGUCGCUGGAUCCUAACAGUGAAGAAAAACUACCGGCCUGUGAUGUACCACAACUGGAGGCAUGCAUUUAAUGUAGCUCAGACAAUGUUCACCAUUCUCAAGGUAGUUAUCCAUUUUUUUUUGUUCUGGCAACCAUUUUGUGAUUCCAGAUCAAGUCAUGGCAACCUCAAAAAAGGAAUGAGCUCAGAGCCCUGAUAAACAUAAAUUGUUUUCAUAAAAGGAAAUGCCUGUUAUAUAUGGCAUCAGUGUUAGUUUUUUUUUCCACAAUGUGAUAUUUUGGAUUAUAGGUGGACGAAUUUGGGAAGUUGUUUACUCCAGAAGAGAAAUUUGCUCUUCUAGUUGCCUGUCUUUCACAUGAUCUUGAUCACAGGGGAACCAACAACUCAUUUCAAAUAAAGUAAGUGGACAGAACACUCAUUUUGAGUGUGUUAAGUUCUUCUUAUGUAAUGUUUUGCACCCUAACAUCAGCAUGCAUAUUCUCCUUAUUGUUCUCUAUACAUUUGCAAUAGUACCCACGAGGAGAGUUUGUUUUUUACAGCCAAAGGCAUCUUAAGUUGGUGAUCAUUUUCUUUGUUCUCAUGACGUUAAUGUUUGAUGUCUGAAUGAUACUGUAUGGAGAAAUUAGAUGCUAGUCACUCUUAGGAGUUGAAGGGUUAAGGUUAAGUCUUAGGUCUCAUUCCAUUUUCUUUUAUAAAAUUCUCCUCUCUCACAGUGGUUGUUUGAGUGUUAAACUCAGUCGACUACUGUCACAUGAAUAAAGGGGGUAAGUUUCUUGAGAAACUGUGGUGCUGCGAGGGUGUUAGAGUAUAACAGGGUCAUUUAGUAUCGUCAACUGAGUUGAUAACCUGAAUUGGUCAUUGUAAAGAUUUUAAAAGCUGACUUUUUGAGCUUUAGCCCUUUGUCAGAGGGAAAGAAGGGAUGAAGGGCUAUGACAAAGGGCUAACACUUGAAAUAUCAGCUUUGAAACUCUUUAUGGCAAAAAAAACGUUAUCAACACAGUUCAUUAUACUAAAUUACCCUGACUAAUGUCACAACCUACAAAUUAUGUAAAUUGCUAAAGUGUAAUAUUCAAAUUAUGAUAACUAGCUAUUCACCACACCCUUAGGAGUGCCUCGGCAUUAGCGCAACUUUAUAGCACAUCAACUAUGGAGCAUCAUCACUUUGAUCAAUGCAUUAUGAUCAUCAACAGCCAGGUAUUGAUUAUUGUUUAAUCUGUAAGGGAGAUAGGAUAUUAAGGUUAGGCCAGAUGGCUUGUUAUGUUUUGUAGUAAUCCCUAUCUUAUACAGUUUCAUUGCUUUUUUGCUUGUAUGUGAUUUAGAAUUUCUGGAACACUUAGUGUUUAUUCAGAGCAUCUCUGUCCCUUUCUCCAGUUACACCUUGCUACUGCAAUUAUCAGUUGAGUGAGAUGUGGAUAAGUAAGGUGAUGAAAUUAUGGUGGUGUUGGCACAGGUGACCUUCCUCAAUUAAAGGGGAGGUAACUGAAUCUCAAGAGCUAAUUAUCACCAACCAUUGAACAUGAAAGUUCAGCAAAAGAAGUGAAACAACAUAUUGCCAUAAGAAACAGAGCUAGUUACCCAUGACAAUAACAGAAUUUUCACGUCAAAAUUGGUCACCAAACUUCCCCCACGCCUCGCUCAUCUGAAAAUUGCAGUAUUUUAUGUUUUGUCAAAUAAUGUUGACUGAUGUUAAUAACUAUUUCACACUAGAUGAGUAAUGAAUUAAAUAUUUUUUAUCUCUUUUACUUUACUUAGUAUUGUUUUGCCUAAUAUCUCAUUUUAGGGAAAUGAAAUUUUUGGAUCUCUCUCAGCUGAGGAUUAUAACAAAGUGAUCAAACUUGUAGAACAAGCAAUCAUUGCAACUGAUCUUGCCUUGUACUUCCAGUAAGUAAUAGACAGUAUAGUGUUCUUACCAGGUUGAUGCACUUGAUAAUGAUUUUUGUUCUUGGGCAUAAUGUCAAGGAGGCAUUUCCAUUCUGAAUCUUUUUCGUCUAAGGAAACGGGCUGAAUUUUUCAAGAAAGCUGAAGCUGGACUUGAAGAUUGGUCAACUGAUGAAAACAGAGAACUUUUGAGGUGUGAAAACAUCUUUUAAUAUUUUCAGGGUUUUUUCCAACUUUUGUUGAACAACUGAGUAUCAAGAAAUUGUGCUUUUUGGUCAUUUUUUAAUUGAUGUAACUAUUUAUAGCCUUGUUGCUUAUUUCACAUACCCAACCAGCCCAGAUUCUUGUUCUAAUAAUGUACAUGAAAAAACUACGCGCAUCUGAUUGGCAGAAAACAAGUGCAUUUUUCAUGUAGCACAAGUGCAAAGUUGUAACACAAGUGCAAAUUAUAAAUAGCACACAAGUUACAGAAAUUUACUCCACUUGACUUUCUGUAAUGCAUUUUUCAUGUAAAUUAUUAACAAGUAACCACUGCAGAUGAUUUCUCAAGCAAUUUGGUGUAAUUAAGCACUUGUAAAUUUUUCAAAGACCAUGAAGUAGUCAUCAGGAUUUGGUUUUAGAUCAAGAGAACAACUGAUAAGUUUGAAUAUUCUCAUAACCCUUUUACAGGAUAAUGUGUGGAUUGCAUAGGGAGAAGUUACUUGUUAAUCACUUUCGGGAGUUAAAGGGUUAAGUAACACUUUAUAUCUUAUAUGCAUUCAGAGCUAUGAUGAUGACAGCAUGUGAUCUUUCAGCCAUCACCAAACCUUGGCCUGUACAGAGAAGGGUAAGGAGAUUUUACUGCUUGGUCAUAGUUAAGUGGUUAACCAUUUUAAUGGUUUGUUGAAAUAAUUGUGCUUCUGAGAAGAAAAAUGUAGUUGUUCUUGUUCUAAAUUUCAUGCCAGUGAUGAUUACAACUCAAUUUCAAAAUUGAGUGUCUUUUUUUUAACAAUCAUUUUCUAUAAUCUUGUCGACUAACAUUACCAGAUAAUGUUCCAAUAGGUGUGACUUGAGAGAGCUAGAUCAACUGAAAAAACCAAUGCCAAGAUUUACAAUUUUUUUUCAACACAGCUGUUGAAUAAAUUUUGUUCUGUUUCUUUUGUUUUUGCUGUUGAUUUUUCCUAUUUAAAAGUAAGUGGAUUGUUUUUUCUCAUCAUACAUUUGUUAUUGAUAUAAAGCAAGCAGCUCUCUACUGUUUGUCUCAACCUUUUCUUUUUUUUUUUUUUGUUUCUCAUUAAAGACAGCACUACUUGUGGCUGAGGAAUUCUUUCAGCAAGGUGACCUUGAACAACAAGAGUUGAAAUCCACACCCAUGGCUAUGAUGGACAGGGCAAAGAAAGAUCAACUUCCACAAAUGCAAGUUGGUUUCAUAGAUUCUGUCUGUCUACCUCUGUAUAAGGUGAGUGGCAUUCAAUCAUUUGGUUCAAUGUUCUAAACAUUGUGUGUAAAAUCAAACUUCUAGGAAAACAUAAAUUUUUUUCUUAAUCUGUCAUGGAAAGUCAUGGAAUUUUACUGCAAUAAAAAAAAAUAAUCCCGCUCUCAGUAACAAGGAAUUAAACAGUUUAUUUACAAGGUUGAUGAACCUGUUCAUUAUUUCCACUAAUCCUCAUUUGUUGGCUAAUAAGCAACUGGCAAUUCAAGUUUAUCUUUUGGGCUUUUGAUUAGCUAUCGAAAAAAAAAAGAACUCUACAUUUAAUUAUAAUUUCUCAGAACUUCAAGGUAGAUGAAUCUUUGAGUUUUCUUGCAGGCUUUUACACAAAUGAGUCCAAAGCUUGCUCCACUCAAAGAGGGCUGUAGAGAAAACAAAUUACAAUGGCAGAAACUAGCUGAUGAUUACAAGGCACAGGUGUGA